AUGGGGUCGCUUUUCCGCAGUGAAGAGAUGUCCCUUUGCCAGCUCUUCUUGCAGAGUGAGGCGGCAUAUGCAUGUGUUUCGGAAUUGGGAGAGCUCGGAUUGGUUCAGUUUCGUGAUCUUAAUCCCGACGUCAAUGCGUUCCAACGGAAGUUCGUUAACGAGGUGCGUCGAUGUGACGAAAUGGAGCGCAAGCUGCGUUACCUUGAGAAGGAGAUCAAGAAAGAUGGUAUCCCCAUGCUGGACACCGGCGAAAGUCCUGAAGCACCGCAGCCUCGCGAGAUGAUCGAUCUAGAGGCAACCUUCGAAAAGCUAGAGAACGAGCUACGCGAAGUGAAUCAAAACGCCGAAGCUCUCAAGCGUAACUAUCUCGAGCUGACCGAACUGAAGCACAUCCUGCGUAAGACUCAGGUCUUCUUUGACGAGGUAAGUUUGUGUGUGGCUGUGUAUACUGGAAAUGUACCUAAUAAGACAAGAAACCGCUAUCAACAGAUGGCGGAUUCGCACAGGGAAGAGGAGCAGGUUAACCUUCUUGGUGAAGAGGGCAUUCGAGCUGGUGGUGCCGGGGCCCAGGGACAAAAUCUAAAACUAGGCUUCGUGGCUGGAGUGAUUCUACGAGAACGUUUGCCAGCGUUCGAACGCAUGCUUUGGCGUGCUUGCCGUGGCAACGUGUUUCUACGUCAGGCAAUGAUUGAAGAUCCGCUGGAGGAUCCUUCAAACGGAGACAAGGUGUACAAGUCCGUGUUCAUCAUCUUCUUCCAAGGCGAUCAGCUGAAGACACGUGUGAAGAAGAUUUGCGAAGGCUUCCGCGCUACGCUGUACCCAUGCCCGGAAGCUCCGACCGAUCGGCGCGAGAUGGCGAUGGGUGUGAUGACCCGCAUCGAGGACCUGCAUACCGUCCUCGGACAAACGCAGGAUCAUCGGCACCGCGUGCUGGUUGCUGCGGCCAAGAAUUUGAAGAAUUGGUUCGUGAAGGUGCGCAAGAUCAAGGCCAUCUAUCACACGCUGAAUUUGUUCAAUUUGGACGUAACGCAAAAGUGUCUUAUCGCUGAGUGCUGGGUGCCACUGUUGGACUUCGAGACGAUCCAGAUCGCUUUGCGGCGCGGCACCGAGCGGUCCGGGUCCUCCGUACCGCCGAUUCUGAACCGGAUGGAAACGUUCGAAGAUCCACCGACGUACAACCGGACGAAUAAGUUCACGCAUGCGUUCCAGGCUCUGAUCAAUGCGUACGGUGUCGCGAGCUAUCGUGAGAUGAAUCCAGCCCCAUACACCAUCAUCACUUUCCCGUUUCUGUUCGCGGUGAUGUUCGGGGAUCUUGGUCACGGUACGAUCAUGGCGCUGUUUGGCUUGUGGAUGGUGUUAAAGGAGAAACCGUUGGCAGCUAAGAAAUCGGACAACGAAAUCUGGAACAUAUUCUUCGGCGGGCGGUACAUCAUCUUCCUGAUGGGCGUGUUUUCGAUGUACACGGGCUUCGUGUACAACGACAUCUUUUCCAAGUCACUUAAGGUGUUCAAUUCCGCCUGGGUCAUCAACUACAAUACCUCCACCGUGAUGACCAACAAGGCGCUGCAGCUGGACCCGAAGGGUCUCGACUAUGCUCAAACGCCCUAUCCGUUCGGGUUGGAUCCCGUAUGGCAAGUGGCUGGGCCGAACAAAAUCAUCUUCCAGAACGCGUACAAGAUGAAGAUAUCGAUCAUCUUCGGUGUGAUCCACAUGUUGUUCGGUGUGUUCGUGGGGCUGUUCAACCAUCGGUACUUCAAGAACAAAAUGGCCAUCUACUGCGAAUUCAUCCCUCAGGUCAUCUUCCUGGUGUUUUUGUUCUUCUAUAUGACGCUGCUGAUGUUCAUCAAAUGGGUGAAGUAUUCGGCGAGCUCUAAGGAAAUAGCCUUUUCGGAGGGUUGCGCUCCUUCCAUUCUGAUUACAUUCAUCAACAUGGUACUGUUCAAGCCGGCUGAGACUACCAGCAAAGACUGCUCGCCGUUCAUGUUUGCCGGGCAGGAGGGAAUCCAGAAGUUCCUCGUCGUGGUGGCGCUGCUUUGCGUCCCCUGGAUGUUGCUUGCGAAACCGAUCCUGAUUAUGCGCAGUCGCAAGGAAGCUGCGCAUCAACCGAUUGCGCCGUACAGCAACGAGAAUGGCGACGCUGACGGUUUGAAUCAACAUAACGCACCCGCCAAUCAAGGCGGACAGCAACCGGCACAGCAGGGCGGUGGUCAUGGCCACGAUAACGAGGAAAUGUCCGAGAUCUUCAUCCACCAGGGCAUCCACACGAUCGAGUAUGUUCUCGGAUCCGUUUCGCACACCGCAUCGUAUCUUCGGCUGUGGGCUCUGUCGUUGGCUCAUGCCCAGCUGGCCGAGGUGCUGUGGAACAUGGUGUUGCAGAACGGGCUGAAACAAGACGGGUGGAUCGGUGGCAUCGCUUUGUGGGCUGUGUUCGCGUUCUGGGCCGUGCUGACGGUGGGCAUUCUUGUGCUGAUGGAGGGUCUCUCGGCGUUCCUGCACACUCUUCGUCUGCACUGGGUUGAGUUCCAGAGCAAAUUUUACGCCGGCCUGGGCUACGCCUUCCAGCCAUUCUCGUUCGAGGUCAUCCUCGAUUCUAGUUCCGGCUCGUCAGAAGACUAAGCACCACCGCACAACGAGAACUACAGCGCGGGAAGAGGCGAAGUCGAAUGCCGUUGGAUACAGAACAAACGAGAUACUAUAUGCGCAUAUAUACUCUUACACAAACUGCUCUUUAUCGAUGUAUGUCUAGCUAACGCUUUCUUUAUUCUUCAAUCGCCAUGAAAUGAUGAGAUAAAACGCACGUAGCUUGCGGCAUAAGACGUAUAACUUAGCACCAUCCACGUUACUAACCAACUCGAAAUAUAAAUUGUACGUGUUGCUCCCUUGGAAAUGAAAUGACAUUUGCGAAUUUAGCGUCCCCCAUAGCUGCGAGAUGUACGCAUCACACAGCAAAAGGGGACUUUCUGUGAACGGAGCCCCUAGAAGAACUAGUUUCGGCAUUAUCGGUGUAGCAUAUUAAUAGUUGUUUCCCUCUUGGAGUGCUCGCGGCUUGGUGAGCUGGUCACAAUCCACGGGAUGGUGGCUAACCGCUCCCAACGGCAAGCUCAUAUUAACUACAGGAAUAAAUGUUACUUGUCCAUUAGUAUCAG